UCCUCGCGUGGUUUGUUUCAUCGACGUGCGCCUUAAGUGAGAGUGAAGAGGAAUUGGUGCCGCUAUCAUUGGUCAAACCCGAUGAAAUCGAUAUAACCGGUAAAAUUUCUUUCGUAGAAAGAAGAAAGUACCAGCGACGAUUUCGGCGUGUUGGUCGGUGAAGAAACGCGAUCGAUUGUGCGGUAUAUUUCGGCGUUUUUUUUUUUACUUCUUCUUUAAUUGAAAUUUUGGUGUAUGGACGUUUUUUUUUAAGAUGAAAUUUAUUUUUGCCAUAGUCUGCAUCAGUGCAUACUUUUCCAUAAAGAUAGCACAUGGGUCUGCCAUAGGUUCGCCAUUCUACCCUUUAAAACCUGAGGAUCUAUCUGAGGGCGAAGUUAAGGAGCUUGAGUACUUACAAGAGUACUAUCAGAGACCAAAACGCUCACUAGGCUCAGCCACUGGAUCUGCCAAAAUAAUUAUCCAACUUAAGUCAGCAGCGAUCAUGGGCACCAAAAAGAAAAUCGUUCAACUGUUCACUGGAUCGAUCGGGGGUACAGCAAAAGCAUCUACUGGAGCUGUAGCAAACACCAUAGGGGGCGUCUCUAUGCUCAAAUCAGCUCUGGCUACUGAAGCCAUCAAGAACCUUGGCAACAUUGCUAAGGCAUCCACUGGACUAGCCACUGGAGCUGUUUCUGGAUCAGCCAAUGCAAUAAACCAGCUUAAACACGCAGCUUUAGGCAGUAUAGGAUCCAUCGCUUUAGGAUCUGCUAGGCAUGCGGCUCAGUCUAGCUCAGGAACGGUACAAGGCUCAGCAAAAGCAAUCAGUCAACUGAAAAGUGCUGUCCUGAGCCAAAUAACUAAGCAAUUGGGUCAAGUUGCUACUGGUUCAGCUCAAUUUGCAGCAGGAGCUUCACAAGCCUCCGUGGGGGCCGUAGCAUCAUCAUCCAAUGCUCUUCACUCGCUCAAAAAAAGUUUAUUAGCGCAACUUACCAACAAAAUUGGUCAAGCAUCGAGUGCUUCUAGCUCAGUAGUAUCAGCAAGUUCCUCCACCUUGAAUACAGCAAAACAAUCUGUCGCUAAUCAUUUAAUAAAUACCGUGGGACAAAUAGCUAGUGGGUCAACAAAAGCGAUUACCGGAGCCUCAACGAGCAUCAACUCCAAAAUCGAAAAAGUCUCGGGAGAUUUUGCUGUAGGUCGUGCCGAAGUGGCAAACCAUCUUAAGACAGCUAUCGUAGCUGGUACCAAGCAGAAGCUAGGUGAAGCUGCUAGUGGAUUAGCUGGUGCCAUCACUGGAGCAGUCGGCUCAGCUUCGGCUGGAAUCGGCCAAAUAGCUCGAGGAGCAUUCGUGGAGUCCUCGAAUCUUCUAAACAAAGCUAAGCAUGCGGUGGUCGAGGAAUCCCAAAGGAAGUUUGGUAACGUUUUAAGUGCCGCAGCUGGUGCAAGCGGUCAGCUAAGUCAAGGAUCAACCGCAGCCCUUCAAGGAUCCGCCAAUGGGGUGCAUCAACUUAAGUCCGCAUUGCUUAGAAGUAUAACUAAUCAAAUUGGGUAUGUGGCUAAGGGAUCUGCUAGUGCCUUAGGAGGAGCCAGCAGUCAAGCCACUCAAGGCGCUCAAACAGUUUUGCACCAAUUAAAAAAUACUUUAUUAAGCCAGUUAAGUAAGAAAAUCGGUUAUUUGGCCCAAGGUUCUGUGGCAGCAGCUGCAGGGGCUUCUAGAGGUGCCGGGUCUAUUGUAACUGGAUCAGCCACGGCACUACACCAGUUAAAAUCAGCUGCAUUAUCUCAACUAGCUAACUUGUCUAAAGGGUCGGCAAGUGCUGCCACUGCAGCCAUUGGGCAAGCUUCUAAAGGUUCACAAGCAGCUAUAUCUGGAUCGGCUAGUGCACUGCAUAAAAUUAAAUCAGCUGCCUUAUCUCAAGUAAGUGAAGCUUCCAAGAGUACUCAAUCAAGCAUUUCGGGAUCAGCAAAAGGGAUACAACAAUUAAAAGCAUCAGCUCUUGCUUAUCUGACUAAUCAAAUAGGACAACUGGCCAAAGGCUCAUCGUCUGCUAUUGGGCAAGCUUCAAGUAACACCCAAUCAACCGUAACUGGAUCGGCCAAAGCAAUUCACCAAAUAAAAUCAACCCUGGCAUCGAAUAUUGCCAAUGGCUUGUCCAGUGCCAGCAGUAAUGCCGUAAGCUCUAUAGGAAAUGGAGUUGCUGGAUCAGGGAAAUUUAUUUGGCAACUAAAGACUGCCGCAGUAGGACAACUUCAAGAAGGCGUCUCGCUGUUCGCUGAAGCUUCUGCUGACGCUUCAGCCGGAGCUUCACGGUUUGCCCUUAAUAAAUUUAGUGGGAAACAGAGUUCCGAAGGUAACAAUCCUUCGAGAAAAAGAAGAAGUGUGGAGCCAGGGAUGGAUCGCCACGCCGAUUUAGACGAAGUAGACAAAGAUUUACCGAAACGUUCUGAGUCAGAAUGGCCGAGCGGCUCAGGGGGCUCAGGAGACAUCAUUACCUCCCUUAAGACGGCGAUCGUAAAAGGGCUGAAGCAGAAACUGGUGCAGGUGGCCAAAGGGUCUGCUGGGGCGGUAGCUGGUGCCUCCGCUGGUUUUAGUAAAGGCAGCUUCGGAGGAGACUCCAAGAGUUAUCAUCAUAGUCACUCCUAUGGACCACCCUCGCACGAGGAGCCACCAGAAGAGCACGACAAAGGUAUAGACGUGUGGGAUUUUAAAAAAUCGGUACUAAACACCCUGCUGCAGGCGGUAAAAGCGAUAAAGGGCGGCGUACUGGCGAUUAAAGGGCAACUUAUUAAGGGCAGCGGUUACGUGGUGUCCGGGGGCGGUAAACUAAUCGCCGCCUCCGGUGAUAAAGUCACCAAGUUGGGCAAGAAUAUUAUUAAUAAUGCGAUUUUAAUUCCGCCCAGUAAAGGACAUUACACGCACGAAUACUCCAGUGGAUAUUCGUCACCGGGCGCACCCUCGGUUUCCUACGACGGCCCCUCAUCUUCAGGUCACGGAUAUGAAAGUCAUUACGAACAAGCCCAUGACCAACCGCCAAGCGGAGGACACGCCGGAAUACUAAUACUGCGAAAAAUGCCGACGACACACGACAAGUACCACUCCUCACACUCCCACAUCGCCGAAAGCGCGGUACCUCCCUUCAAAUCCCUCCCAGCGAGUGGACCCACCUUCGGAACAGUUGUAGGCAAGUUUUUCACCGCUUCCACCUCCCUAAGCCCUUCAGCACCUUCACCAUUUAGCGAUAGUGACUUUCAUCACCAAGACGUUUCUCAUUCUCAUCACCAACAACUGGCCGAGGAGAGUCACGGGUACCUGAGUCCACCCAAUCCUCCCCAUUAUGAGGCACCCGUUGAUCCUCCCAUUAGUUAUCAACAUCAACUGAUUAAGGAACAUAAGGAACCAACUGGUUUCAGCCAAAGUCUUAACACUAAUUACGGAUUCACUAGUCAGCAGAAUGAUUAUUUAGGACAGGCAUCCAAUGCUAAUGAAGUGAAACUGACUAAAGGUGAGAUCUUGGACCAUUUCGAGGGUCCUCCCACGAUAGCCAGCUCGCAAGUUCAAAUCCCACACGAUGCCCCUGAAAGUUUACAAGUGCUAAGAGGCUCCAGGGCUACCGAGAGUCACACCCUGGGUCCCCCUUUAAAUUCGGAACUUUUGCACAAAAAUCCAUCCAAACAGAACCCUCUUAGAAACGCUCUUAAUUUCGAAAAAACUCUCCCCGUUUCUGAUCAACAACCAUUCGCUCCGAAACCCACUGAUCUUUUACAAAACUUCUUGCCGCACGAGGACCCUCCGGUAUCGUUCACGUCCAGCCAGGAGCUCUCCAACGAAAUUUCCAGCAAAGAAAACUAUAUGAAAUUCUUGGAAAGUUUCCCCCCGCGCAAAUCUAAGCCCACUUAUAGCUUCAGACCUCCCGGUUCCGCGUCAUAUUCCUCCCAAAGGUAUCGGGGAGUAGACUCGAAAGCCAGACGGCCGGCGCACUCGCCCGAUCUAAACGUUGUUAGGUCGGUAUCUUAUCAGAUUACCCCCAACGGAGUUAAAAGACUACACUGAGGACUCAAACGAGCUUAAGCAGCAGUACGUUCAGCAGCUGGAUUACCCGUAUUUUUAGUAACUUGUCAAAUAUACGAACUGUCUUUCAAAUAGUAGGAAUUUUUUAUAGGUUAGGUCAGUAUUUGUGAGUCACUAGCAAUUAUAGUCAAUGAAUAAUAGUAGUUUAUAAUAUAGUGAUCUGUAAAGGAGUGAUCUUAGUAUAGGUAAAAUAUAUUUUUUUUUAUCUUUUGUAUUUAAUUAAUUAAUUAAUUUAUUUUUUAUUGUUUAUAGGACUGUUAAAUUUAAAAAAAUGUUGUAAUAAAAAGCCAAAAAAUUUA